AUGGCGGUCUGCGUCAAGGAAGAUAUAGACAAACCGAACACAGACGAACGAAGCUACAGGUAUGUGAAGCUGCAGAACAACCUCUCGGUGCUGCUGGUCAGCGACCCCGAGGCCGACUUGGCGGCGGCGGCGCUGGACGUCAAUGUGGGCUCCUACUUUGACCCGCGACCCGUGGAGGGUCUCGCGCACUUCUGCGAGCACAUGCUUUUUCUGGGGACGGAGAAGUUUCCCGACGAGACGGAGUACUCGAAUUUCAUCAAGCAGCAUGGCGGGUGCAACAACGCGUACACGGAGCACACGCACACGAACUACCACUUCUCAGUCGCCCCCGAGCACCUCGAAGGCGCACUCGACCGAUUCUCCCAGUUCUUCGUCGCGCCGCUCUUCACCGAGAGCGCCACAGAGAGGGAGUUGAACGCGGUGGACAGCGAGUUCCGGCUGCGACUCGUGAACGACUUCAUACGGCGGUGGCAUCUGCUCCACAAGCUGGCGAAUCCGCAGCACCCGUUCAAUCGGUUCUCGUGCGGAAAUCGAGUCUCUCUGCAGGAGACGCCGCGGGCGCUCGGGGUGGAUGUCCGCGAGGCGCUCCUCGCGUUCCACAAGCAAUGGUACAGCGCGAACAUCAUGUCGCUCGUCAUUCUCGGGAAGGACUCGCUGGAUCGCCUGCAGCAGCUGUCCGAGACGUACUUUGGCGCCAUCCAAGAUAAGCAGGUGCCUCUCCGCCCCUCGAAAACCAUUGUCGACCCGAGCGUCCCGGUUUUCCGCGAGGAAGAUCUGCAGAAAAUCACGUACAUCGUGCCCAUCAAAGACCAACGAGAGAUCCACUUUCAGUUCGUCCUCCCGCCCCAGGCCGACGCAUGGGAAACCAAGCCCACGCGAUACAUUUCGCACCUCGUUGGUCACGAGGGAAAAGGCUCGCUUCUCUCAGCUCUCAAGAGCGAGGGUCUCGCCAUUGGCCUCAACAGCUGGAGCCUGGAUGAGCAGUGCGUGAGCGUCUUUCAUAUUUCCAUCGAACUGACUGAACAAGGCGCCUCCGACGCAGGCCUCGAACGAGUGGAAGACCUGGUUUUCAUUUACCUGCAACUGCUUCGCACCUCCUCGGUCCAAGAGUGGGUCUUCGAAGAAGCGCGCGCGCUGGCGGAGAUGUCUUUCCGCUUCGCCGACAAAGAAAACCCGUUCCACUUUUGCGUCGCACACGCGAAGCACCUGCAUCUGUAUCCGCCUGAGUACGUGCUCUCCGGUCCACACUUGUUCUUCGCCUUCGACGAGCAAGAAAUCAGAAGCAUUCUCCAGCGUCUCACUCUGGACACGCUACGCGUUGAAGUCGUCGGAAAGCGUUACGAAGCCAUCUGCAGCAGCAGAGAGCCCAUCUACGAUAUCGCGUACCAUGCAGAAGCCUUCCCCAGCGAGCGCCGCGAGCGGUGGGAGCGAACGCUUCGUGCGUCGCCGCAGGAGGCUUUGAGUCUCGCAACAAAAGAAGGCCUUCGGUUCCCCUCUCCGAAUCCCUUCGUCCCCAGUGACCUCUCGCUGCGUCCGCUGGUUGCGCCCGCGUCUGCCUCCUCGCCUUCGCCUGCUUUGCCUCGGCACCUUCUGCCCGGGGCUGAAGGCACUGGAGACGCGAGAGCGUUCCCGUGCCUCGCCAGGCUUGAGCCGCAGAUUUUCUUCAAGCAUGACGACACUUUUUUUCUGCCCAAGUUGUCGGUGCGCCUGUGGAUCAAAACCGCAGUGCCGUCGGAGCUAGACGACACUGCCCUCGCGCGCUUCUUCAUUCGCGUCUGCGUCUACGUGCAGACGGUCGCGGAGACCGUCAACGAGGACCUGUACGACGCCGAGGUUGCAGGUCUCUACUUUGUCUUGCAUGCUGGCGACUGGCCUGGCGAGAUCUUCCUCUGUGCGCAGGGCUUCAAUGACAAGCUGCCUCUGCUGCUGGACAGGUUGACUUUUGCGCUGUCUCACUCCGGAGCUGCUGUCGACUCCGCGAGCAGGGGGAGUCAGGGCGGCGAGCAGGCUGCAGACGGAUGCUUUCUUCUGGAUCGUCGCGCGUUCGACGUUGUCAAAGAAAACCUCCACAGGAAGCUCUCGAACAGCAUCCUCUAUCGCACAGUGUCGCAGCAAGCGGGCACGCUGUGUGGUGAAGCCUUGGAGACGCCGUUCUUCAGCUACGAGGAGAAGCUGAAGUGUCUCGAGGAACUCACCUAUGAAGAGACUCAGCAGGUGCCGCGGACCUUGUUCAAGCGGGCGCGCCUGGAUGGGCUCGUAGUUGGCAAUAUAACCGCCGCCGAGGCCUGCUCAAUGCUGGAGAGAGCUUUGGCGAACCUGAACAUCGAAGCCAAGCUGGAGGCAAGCAGCGUGUCAGAAAAAGCUGUUGUCGAUCUCUCCUCUCUGGACCUCGCUCAGCUGCGAUCCGCUGUGGCGGACUCUUGUGACGUCGACGGGACCACCUUAUCGGCGAACGCAAAGCGGCUAGGGGCAGACGGGACGGAGGAGUCGUUGUCCGCUCCAGCGAAACUGAGGAUCGAGAAGGAAAACUCGAACCCGCAAGACCCGAACAGUGCCGCCUUUCUGCGCUUCCAACUGGGUGAUCUGGCGCUGCGAGAGCGAUCCAUGCUCUCGUUGUUUUCGCACUGUUUGUCUCAGUCGUUUUUCGAUGACUUGCGGACGCAGCAGCAGCUGGGGUACGUCGUGAACGCCCACAGGAGCGUCCAGCUGCGUUCCCAGGGAAUGGACUUCUUUGUGGCUGGCUCCAAAUACUCCUCGGCGCUUAUGACGGCGCGCAUCCAGAAGUUCUGUCUAAAGUAUUUGAAUUCGCGCGAGAGUCUGGUGGACGUGGUGUCGGACGCUCUCUUUGAGAAGCACAGAACUGCGCUGAUCAGUGAGCUAAAAGUGAGGCCGCAAAAUGUCUUUGAAGAGGCGCAGCGGUACGCGAGAGAGAUAAGCUCGAGGUAUUUCAUGUUUGAUCGCCAAGAGAAGACCAUCGCGGAGCUUGCGGACCUGAAGAGGGACGAAUUCUUCGACUUUAUUCUUAACCGCAUCCGGCCUGCGCCGGUCCUCCUCCUCUGUAUUGAGAGGCAGGCCUCGGCGCCGGCGAGAGACCUUGCGGCUGGCGGCGGCGAAGCGGACAGCCAUGCAGCAGAGAAACAGGAAACGACUGCUUCGAACGAAGGCAAGAGAGAGGAGACUGUGGAUGCCAUGGAGGGAGAUCUCUUUGUUGGCUGGAUGCACAUUCGCACUCCACGAGAGCUGCGCAAGUAUGCCCGCGCGAAAAUCCAGGUGCCGGCGUGA